AUGGAUACUAAUUCAAAAGACAAGGAGCCUUCUGAAAUCAAAGAGUCUGCAAUUAAUAAAGCUGAAAAUGCUGCUUUCAUUUUGGGAACUGGAAAGCUUGUGAUUCCUCAGAAGCAUGCAGCAGGAAUGAAUCCUGAUCUUUGCACACCAGAUACUUUUAAAUCAUCUUUGAACUUUUCCACAGCAACCAUAGAACAAUUGGGAAUUACACCUGAAAGCUCUGUUAAGAACUCUUCAGAGAAUUUCAUUACAAAAAAGUCUCGUCGACGUUCUUCAAUUGGCACCCGGGGCUCUCCUGAAACAAACCAUCUGAUUCGUUUCAUUGCUCAGCGGAGGAUUUUAAAGAAUGCUAAGAGAACAUCUUUGGCACAGGAUUCUCCCUUUCAGGGCAGCCCUGGACUGUAUCAAAAUGUUAGCUCAUUAAGAGAGCGGAUAUCUGCUUUCCAGACAGCUUUUCACUCCAUAAAGGAAGAUGAGAAAAUGAUUGAUUGUCCAGAAUUCUCAGGAGUGAGAGGAGGAUUUGAGACAACAGGUUUGACCAACAUGGAAGGUCUUGGUGAAUGUCAGCAGUCUGGUUUCUCUGAAAAGUUACCAUGCAAACGUCGGAGAAUAUCCUUGCAGAGCAGCUCUGAUGACAACCUCAGCAAUGUCGAAAGGGGAGUGAUGGAUCUUCAGAUCCUUAGUAUGGAUGUGGAUGGCAUGUGUGCUGAUGAAGCUUCUGCAGAUCUUCCUGAGAAAUCAUCUGAACUUGGUUUAACCCAGCCUGGAUAUAUAGCAAAAGCAUCUUCUACCUGUUUAGUGGGCCCAGAGGCUUCAAACGCAGGGCCAAGCUCAGACACAGUCCCCGAGGCCAAGUCAUCAGCUACCACUGUGUGCAAGAGGGACAUUCCAUCCACUGACUCCUUUGUACUUCGUUCUGUAUUGAAGAAACCUUCUGGCAACCUUUUUGCAGAGAACUUACAGGAGCACCAUGACAACCACUGUGAUGAUUUGAUUGAUCCAGGCUUAAUCUCAAAUCUUUCCAACUGUUGCGAAGAACAAAAAGCAGAAGAUCAAGAAAGUCUUAAAACACCGGCCUUUCUAAAUGUGAGGAAGAGGAAGAGAGUUACUUUUGGAGAGGAUCUAAGCCCAGAAGUGUUUGAUGAAUCUUUGCCAGCAAACACUCCAUUGCGUAAAGGAGGAACACCUGUCCGACAAAAGGAUUUGAGUAGUGUUAGUCCUCUGCUACUUGAGCAAUCACCAGUUCCUGAGCAAUUGCCUCAACCAAAUUUUGAGGACAAGGGGGAGAAUCUUGAAAACAUAGAACCACUUCAGGUAUCAUUUGGAGUUCUGAAUCCUUCCGUUUCUGAGAAUCUCUCAGGCACUGAUACCUUUAGUUCUUCAAAUAACCACGAGAAAGUGUCCUCCCGUAAAAUUGGUAGACUAACACGGACUUCUGGCAGAAGAAAUCAAUUGAUCAGUUUUGCAGAGGAGAACGUUUGUAACUUACAUAAUGCAGAAACUAAGUCAUGUAAGGAAAAGAAAAUUAAUAGGAGGAAGUCUCAAGAAACGAAGUACAGAAACAGGGCACUUCCUAAAAAGAAUCAGGUUUCACAAAGUUGCACAGAGAAAAAGGGGAAGUGGAUGAAAAGAGUUCAGAAGUCUUUAUAUGGGGAAAGAGAAAUGGCUUCCAAAAAGCCCCUCCUAAGUCCUGUUCCUGAGCUGCCUGAGGUCUGCGAGAUGACACCUUUGGUUCCAGGCGUCCGGAGGAUGUGUUCAGAUGGUUGCAACUCAAAUGGUAAACUGGAAGAAGAGACACCUCCUAAAAUUCGAGUUAAAAAAAACAUUCUUUGGCCUCAGAACCCCAAAGAUCUGCACGUGCAGCAAGGCCUUGGUGAAUCUGAUGUGUAUGGACUCUGCCGCUCUUACAUAAAAACCUCCACGUUGCCUGGCAGUGUUACUUCUGAGGAAGACCCCAAUACAAAUACCAUGGACACCAAAGACAACGGGAACAUUCCAAAAGCAGAAAAUACGUUGGAAAGUGAAAAUGAAUCAAAAACUGAGACUAAGACCGAGACCGAGGACAGUCAAGCUUCUUGUGCUUCUGUGAUGGGAGAACACAUUGUGUCAGAUCACCCGAAACCUGAUUUUAUCCUUCAGUGCCAGGAAUCUGCUGCUGCUGGUCAGAAUGCAGAAAAGCUCUGUCAAACCUUGAAAAUUUCAGAAGAUAUUAGGUAUGAGAAACAAGAAGACUUAGUAGUUGCUGCCGAGGGGAAACUGCAGGGCAGCCCUUUCAUGUGUGAGUCACACAAAGAAUUUAAUUGUUUAGAAGAUGUUCUAAUUGGAAAUAUAAAAGAAGCUAAGUGCAACAGUGAUAAUGUGGGAAGAAAAUCCCCAGAAAAUAGCAUUAUGAGUUGCAGAGAAAAGAAACAUAGAAGACGCUCAAUGUGUUAUUCUGAUGGUCAGAAUCUACAUUUGGAACAAAACGGGAAUCACGAACCUUCCUACAGUGUGGGAAGCUCUUUAGAAAUUAGUUUAGAACAAAUCUUUCAGAGAGAAAAUGGUAAAACCAAAGUGCGACGAAGCUCAAGGUUCCAAAAAAAUUCGGAAAGUGAAGGGCUUAUGUGGGUAUCACCUCCAUGUCCUCCCACUUCCCAAAAAUCAAGGAGGAGAACAAUAAGUACUUUUGACUGCAGAAGCCUGGGAAAUAUGUCCCCCAUAAAAGAAGCUCUGUCUUCCAGACAAAACCCCCAUGUGGUGGUCGCUGCCUCAGGUGAAGAGAGCAGCCAGGAUCUGGCUGCUGAGUGUUCGCGCCUACCUGAGCAGAGGAGGAGGAGGAGGAGCUUCUGUGCACCCACACUCUCCAGCAAGGCACAGUGUCACUCAGCCCAACCUCUGCAGGAGAAGAGCCUUUCCCAAGAGGGGAGGAAGCCCCUAGCCCACCUCCCAAGGGGUGGAGACAGGCAAAGUAAAAUAGGAUGCAGCCCUUCCCCAGCAGCAUCUGCAGUAAAUGAGGUAGUUGUCCCUGCUCAGGAGCAUCUUCUCUUUCAGUUCCAUCCUUUGUUCAGCUUCAGUGCCUCAAAAGUUUCAGAUCAAUAAAAUCACUUGAUCUGAACUGACUUUUAA